GAGGGGGGAAUCGUGGGGGGAACUGCGCACGGAGCGAGGCUCCGCCGGGCGCCGCGAACGCUGCCCCGCGCCGAGCCUUCCCGCGGGCCUCAGGCGGCCGCCACUUCCCACCCGCGGUGGCGUCCGUGCUUCACUGGCGCAAAAAAAAAUUUUUUUUUAAUUUUUUGUUUCAGAUUUUUUUGUAAAAUAUCUUAAAAAAAAAAACGUGUUCGCGGCCCCCGGGGCCGAACGUUCCGGGCAGGCGGGCGGGCGGCGUGCGCGGAGCGGGCAGCGGCGGCGCUUCCCGGCUGCAUGGGCGACCGCGGCGGGGAACGCGGGGCGGCGGGCGGGGCGCCGCUGCGGGCGAGGGCGGCGCGGGUGGGCCGGGGGCGGCUGUGCGGGGCGGCUCGGGCCGGGCGCGGCGGCGGGCGAGCGGGCGGCAGGGGGGGAAGCGGCGCCGCUGCGCUCGCUGGAACAUGGCUGACUCGGCCCGGCGCUGCUGGCUGGAGAGAAAACAAGGCGGGCGUGCGGGCGGGGGAAGCUGGGCGCAGCAGUUCUGAGGCAACUUUUUUUUUCCUCCCCCCCCCCCCUUCUCGCUCGCUCUCUCCCCUCUCUCUCGCUCCUCACAGCCCCGCGUUCUCCGUGCGGGGGCGGCGGGGCGCGCGGAGGGAGACGGCGCGGGGGCUGCGGGGGGAGGGGAGCCGCGCGCCCCCGCCCCUCCCCCGCCGCCAUGGCGAGUGCGCCAGCGCCCCGCCCGCCGCGCGCCUCAGUCUCCUCACACUCACCACACACGCACACACAGACACUCACAUACACGCGCGCGCACACAAAGGGAAGGAGCCAUAUUCGCGCUCGCCCUCGCGGCGGCGGCGGCGCAGGCGGGGAAGACGCGCAGCGGCCAUUCCGUGCGCCGGCCCUGGCGGCCGCGGGCGGAGCCAGCCCCCAUUUCGAGCGGGGCUUCUCCCUGCGCCGCGGCCGACAAAAUGGGGGCGGCGGCGCGAGCCUGCGGCCUUCCGGGCGCACGUGGCGGCCCUCAGCCUCGGGCCAAGUGCCGAGGGCGGGGGAGGCCUCCCGCGCGCGCCCCGGCACCCCAACUUUCCACGGGCUCGGUUUAAAAAAAAAACACCAAAAAAAAAAAACGCCAAGCAACCCCUACACCCCCGUGGCAGCGAGAGGGGGGUGGCGGCAGGAGUGGCUUUUGUCCCUCAUCCUUGUUUACUCGGAGAAACUUCAGACCGGACGUGUUUAGUCAGAGCAGAAACGCAUCUCGGGGCCAAAGCGAUAGGAAACGGCGGCCUCUCCCGGCCCCGUCCCAGCGCCGUCUCCGCCCUCCCGAGCAAAGUUUGAUGCGAAGACGGGGUGCUCUGAGAGCGGGAAAAUCAACUAAACAUGGGCAAAGGAGAUCCUAAGAAGCCGAGAGGCAAAAUGUCCUCGUAUGCAUUCUUUGUGCAAACCUGCCGGGAGGAACACAAGAAGAAGCACCCUGAUGCUUCUGUCAACUUCUCAGAGUUCUCCAAGAAGUGCUCAGAAAGGUGGAAGGCCAUGUCUGCUAAAGAAAAGGGGAAAUUUGAAGACAUGGCCAAGGCUGACAAGGCUCGUUAUGAAAGAGAAAUGAAAACCUACAUCCCCCCCAAAGGGGAGACCAAAAAGAAGUUCAAGGACCCCAAUGCACCCAAGAGGCCUCCUUCGGCCUUCUUCUUGUUCUGUUCUGAGUAUCGCCCCAAAAUCAAAGGAGAACACCCUGGCUUA